UUCAUUUACUAACUUUUCUGUCUGGACCGUCUGCUGUAAAGCAGUUAACGCACACUGUUGGAUUUCUAGAUGCUUCACUGAAACAUUUCGCAUUUAGUUGAAUAACUGGCGAAAUGAUUGACGAAGUUAAACGAGAAAGAGGCGAUCAAUGGAUGCCAUAUUACUCCAGCGAGAUGUAUUAUGGCUCAGACAGCCUGCCAUUGGGCCCCAGAGGAUAUUCUCCCCCAGAGCAUCACUACCAGAGUUACGGGGUGCAGUGCGACUCAGCACCUGCAGUAAACCCUGGGAGACUCGGAAGCCCAGCAGGACUCCUGCCACCUGCAAACCCUCCAAAGGCAUAUGCUGAGAUCAACUCCAGCGAACCAGAGUUUCAAGAGCUGAAAUCAGUUUACCGGCGGACAUUAAGCCAUGCCAAACCGCCGUACUCCUACAUCUCUCUCAUCUGCAUGGCCAUCCAGCAGUCUCCAGCCAAGAGACUGACUCUGAACGAGAUCUACGACUGGAUCCGUCAGCUCUUCCCAUAUUACAGACAGAAUCAGCAGAGAUGGCAGAACUCCAUCCGCCAUUCCCUGUCCUUCAACGACUGCUUCGUGCGUGUCCCGAGAUCUCCAGACUCUCCAGGAAAAGGCUCAUACUGGGCUUUACACCCUGACUCCGGUAACAUGUUUGAAAACGGAUGCUACAUGCGCCGCCAGAAGCGCUUCAAGUGUCAAAAAUCCACAUCAACAGGCAAAAACUCAGAAGGAGAAGAUGUGAAAGUGGAAAAGAAGAAAAAGAAGGAGAUCAAGUCAGUCAGCUCCUGUAAAUCACCUACAAGUGAUGCUACAAAACAGAGUUCAACAACAGUGAGCUACGCCAACACCAAACCAGCUUCUCCCUCCCAUCUCAAUCCCUCACAUACUUUAUUUCCCACUCAGCCUCCAGAGAUCUCGACACAUUUGCCUUCUCUGAGUGUGCCGUUUCCAGCAUCAAUGGAAACCAGCUUGCAUUGUGAACCAUCAUCCCAGCAUCAGCCCAUUUCUGUCCCGCGGCUUGUGGACUUCCAGUACUGCGAGACUCCUGUUAGCUACCCGCUUUACUGCCAAUCAAACAGCCAUGCCAACUUCCCCUCAUACACCACAGACUCUGUUUACUAUCCUGGAUUUAGCAUGUGUUCGACUCCUCUUCUAAGUUCCUCCUGAUCCAGGUCGGUUUAAGGAAAGACACUGCAGGUGAACAGAGUUGAAUAAUGAUCUAAUAGUUGUCAGAAUGCUUCCCCAGUUCAUUGAUUUUAUUUAGAAUCUGAAACUUUUUGGUAUUAAAAGUUUUCUGAAAUUCUUUUAAAAUAUGGAAAUGAGGCACUAUUUAAUUUAAUAUGCGCUGAUUUGCAUACAUUUCUGAAACAAGAACUUUGGAUGGAAGUCAGUUUCAAUAUUAUUGCUUCUUUUUUGAUAAAUUAGAGUCAAGGUUUGUUACAGAGUGGAUUUUACAGUUCUCCAUCAUUCAGAAAAUACUGCCAACAGAACAUGUUUUAUAUACUCAAGUAAAUUAUGUAUGAAGAUAAUAAUUUGUUUUUAAAAAACUUUAGAAAAUGAAUAUCAAUAAUACUGAAAAGUUUGGCGAAUGUACUGUAAGUGCUGCUGAAAUGGAAAUUUAUGGCAUUUACCAUUUUAGAAUAUGAUUAUGAUUGAAAUCUACAAAAACAAAUUGAUAAAAUGUGAUAAAAAGAAAACUUAAAUGUAUUUUGGAUUAAUUUUAAAAUUUUUAGACCCUCCAAAAAAUGACAGGUGCAUGAAAAAUGUGUUUUUGCCUGCAGUUUCUUGCCUUAAAGGCUAUUAAAAUGGAUCUGUUUCGGUUUCGAUAGUUUUAAUUGUGUAUAUAUUAGUCAAUGGACCAGUAGGCGGAGGAGUUCUGUGGUUCUGUGAAUGUUUUGGAUGAAUCCCUUGCUGUAAAUCUGAAGUAAAAAAAUUUGUAAACUUUA